GUGUGUGUGUGUGUGUGUGGCGUGCUGCCGCCGCAUAGAGAAGCCGGGAUUCAGUGAGGGGUUGAGUCGGGAGCAGGGCAGGCUGUCUGUAUUUUGUCCCAAAAGUCUUGGGAACAAACAGUGUCACCCUGCGGACACAGCCGGAGUGCACUGCACAGACCCUGCUUGUCUGGUCUGCUCUUUCCAGCCCCUGGGAUCUCUCUGGGAGAUCUUGUUGCUGCGCCUGCUUAGCCGGCCAGCAGCUGUCCUUUCAUGCCCGCCGUGAGCACCAUUUGUCCUUCUUGUUCUCCUCUGCCCAACUCAUUCCUGUAACAGGCACAGACAGAUUUCCUCUUGCAUCAGAUAAAUGGUGUGCAGCUGUACACUCCACCCUCCGGGUUGUACAAGAAAAUAUAAGGGCUCAGGGAGAAAUGAAAGCAUAGUCAGAGACACUGGAAGAGCUGCCAGUGGAAAGAGGGAUAAAAGUGAAGAAAUUACCUUUGUGAACAGAAUUUCACUUGAUUUGUCUUUUAUACCAAAGAUGACAGGAGAAAACGCAAACUAUACCUUAGGACAAGAGUCCACUCCUUGGAUGACUUAUAUUUUGGAAUGUUAUUCAGUCUUUUUUCCUUAUCACUUGGGAUUGACAGUGAUUCCAAUUAUACUGUAUUAUCCAUUGAUCAUUGUGAUCUGUUUUUGCUAUGUGGGUAAUGCCAUUUAUGUCAUUUACGGAAAAAUUGGUAAAUUUUCAGUAGAUAUCAAUAACAAACAAUGGGACAAGCCAAGGCAAAUCGUGGCGUUCAUUUCAGAUAUCGGAGGAAAAGUGGGACAUGGUUAUGAGAUCAGCGGAGCUGAAAACCUACCAGAAGGGCCAGCAGUCAUUGUGUAUUUCCAUGGAAGCAUUCCUAUGGACUGUUACCUUUUUCAACAGAGGCUCUAUAGAAAAACAGGAAGACAGUGCCAUCUCGUGAUAAGUAAUGAGAUUUUAAAAAUACCAGGACUACACACAUUUUUUUACAUGAAUGGCUGUUUUAAUCGUACUAUAGAGGAAUGUGUGAACACUCUGAAAAAAGGGCAUGUGUUGAUGAUUGCACCAGGUGGACUUGAAGAAGGAAAUGCUGGAGGUCACAAUUACAAACUGAUUUGGGGGAAACGUAAAGGAUUUGCUCAAGUAGCCAUAGAUGCAAAAGUGCCAAUCGUUCCUAUGUUUACACGAAAUAUCCAGGAGGGAUAUUGGACAUAUGCAAAAAUGUGGGUAAUGGAAUGGAUUUGUAAGCAAACUAGGAUUUACUUACUUCCACAAGGUGGAAUGCUCCCAGUCAAGCUUCGGACAUAUAUUGGGGAACCCAUUAAAUAUGAUCAAAAUAUAACUGCAGAAGAACUAGCUGAAAAAGCAAGAAUUGCAGUGGAAGCUUUACGAGACAAACAUCAGAAAUUGCCCGGAAACAUACUUCGUGCUCUUGGGGAACGCUUUGAGAUGCAUCCCAAAGACGAGUAAUUUGCAUGGUGGCGUCUUCUGGUAGAAGAAUUGGGCCAGUUCCAGACUGGGCCAGUUCCUUGAGGGUAUUUCUGGUUCUACUGAAGACCGAGAGGAAAUUAACAAGUGGGGAAGAUUUUUAUUUUAUUUUAUUUUGGGGGAAAUGGAGAUUAUUGCUGCUUCACAUCUGUUCUAUUUGUAUUUUAUCUCUGCACUCUUGGUAUUAUACCGCCUUGGGGCUAUCUUUUUAACGAAAGGCAGUAUAAAAGUGCAAAAACAAACAAACAAACAAACAAAUAAAUAAAUAUUAUUAUUUGCACUGCUUUUA